UGGCUCUAUAACCAGGAAGUAAAUUACACAAGUCUCGUUUUCUCUCGCUCUGAUCUCAGGGCGUUACCUUGAUUCAGGACUCAAGUGAUGGACAUAUCUAAAUCCCUAGAACCACCCGACGCCCAGCAUUAUUUGGUGUGUGGCACUGAAGACUGUGAGAAGAACUGUCAGUUUUACUGCAAUGACUGUCACCAACCAUUGUGUGAACAAUGUAGAGAUGAACAUCAGAAGAAUAAGAAAACCAAGAACCAUGAAGUGGUCCCUUAUAAACAACGCAAACGUAAACUUCCUGUAGAGAAAUGCAAGAUCCACCCAACAAAAGACAUAGAUCUUCUCUGCGAGGAAUGCCAAAUACCCCUUUGUUCUAAAUGCACAGCCACAAAAGAACACCGCGGCCAUGUGUUUACCGACCUAGAAAUUGUCUUUGCUGAAAAAUGCUCGCUUUGUCAUGUAGAAAUUACCAAAAUUCGAAGCUAUUUUGAGCCUACUUCUCUAGAUUUGAAAAAGGAAAUUGCUGGAGAUGUCACAGAAAUUAAAAAGAUCAUGAAAGAUAUAAGAACAUCUAUGAAGGCUGAAGCUGAGUCUGUGAAAAAGCUGAUAGACACAGUCACAUCAGAUAAAAUAAAACAUGUUGACAAAAUAGAACAGUCAUUAUCAGAAACUUUAAGCGGUCAAAAUAAAAAAAUAGAUGAUUACAUCAACUAUCUCAAUGAUUUGAUCAAAACAUUAUAUAGCUACCUAUCUCCCUCAGAUAUUGAAACUUUAACAUUUGCUCUCAAAUCAGAAAACUUGAUGAUACAACCCAUACCAGAAACAUUCAAACCAGUCCUACCUGUAUUUACUGCUGGUCAAUACAGCAAGGAAGAUAUUGCCAAACUACUGGGUAGAUUAAAAAUUCCUAACACUAAACCAGAGAACAGAAAAAAAAAAACCAUGGACACUGCCUUGAAACAGUUGAAACUUACAGGGAAACAGAUGAAACAAAACAGAGAGAAAGCUGACGUGAAACAAACACUGUCUCUGUCUUCCUCUGUCACCAAGGUCAGGGAGUACACAGUACCAGGUGUUGGCAGUGUAUUUCAUAUAUCACUGGGUAAAUCAGGCACACUCUGGGUCAGUGAUGAUGUUGGUAACCUUGUCCAAACAGAUCUACAGGGGAAACAGCUACAAAAGAUACAAACCAGUGGUAGAAUAGAAGGGUACCACACAGUCACACAGGACGGGGAUCUGAUCUAUACAGACAGAGACAACAAAGUCAUCAAUAGGAUAACACCGGAUAAUACAAUCACUGAAUUCAUUAAAACAGGAGACUGGGAACCACUCAGUAUACACUCCUCCCACAUCAAUGGGGACAUACUGGUGGGGAUGAGGAAGGGUAGAGAAAGUAAAGUCACCAGGUACAACAAGACAGGGACAGAAAUACAGAACAUACAGAGAGACAACAAAGGACAGGGACUGUAUCGUGAACCACACUACAUCACAGAAAACAUCAAUGGAGAUGUCUGUGUAUCAGACUACAUGGAUGGGAAUUGUGCUGUAGUGGUGGUGGAUAAAUCAGGACAACACAGGUUCUCCUACACAGGUCAGGGGUCAGAGUUUGAGCUUUAUGGAAUAUGUACUGAUGUACUCGGUCACAUCCUGGUGUGUGAUAGAAUCAGUAACACAGUUCAUCUUCUUGAUCAGGACGGUCAGUUCUUGUCUCUACUACUCACAGAACAACAAGGGGUAAAGUAUCCCCGUAGUGUGUGUGUGGAUGAUGAGAACAAUCUCUGGGUGGGACAAAUCACCACCAACACAGUGAAAGUGUACAAGUAUCUACAGUGAUAAUAAUAUAUCCAUACAUCAAUUAUGUACAGUAUGUGUAUGUUGUGAGACAAUGUAACAACAACACUGAGAUAGUGUACAAUUAUUGGUAUCUACAUGUACAGUGUACGUUAGUACAUGUUAGUAUUCUUAUCACCCUGUGCAUGUUUAUAAAUUUAAAUAUAAUGAAUUAUAUUAACUG